AUGGAGCUGAUGGGAUCGGCGCCAGAUGGAAGCAUAUCAGAUGACCGGCAGACCUUGACUCUCCGAAGUUGGCUAAAACUCGAGAGUCGCACGCUUUCGGACGCUGCUGAUGUCUUUGGUUCUUUGAUGUUGAGUGUUCGCCACAUCCAUCGCAAGCGGAUCGUGCACAGCGAUUUGAAGCCGGACAAUAUUUUCUGUGUAGCAGAACGUUCCAAGGUCAAAGUGGUUCGCAUCGGUGACUUCGGUCUUGCUGGUGAGAACCAGCUCUUCCGCCAAUUUGACCAGCUCUCUUCGAAGAUGCUGAAGAAUAAGACCGCAAUGGGGGGCACACCUGGAUACACUGCUCCGGAGAUCCUCCUGUGCGCCCGACAUGGGCCAUCUUCCGGGGCGAAUGCUUGUAGUGACAAGGUGGACAUCUAUUCUUGUGCAGUAAUCUUGUUGGAGCUCUUGUUGCAGCCAUUCAGGACGCACAUGGAACGCAUCAGCACCAUGGACAAGUUCAACGAAAGCAAGAUUGUUCCUGGAUAUGUCGCCGUGCGGCUUCCAAAGACGCGAUGUCUUCUGCAGGAGAUGGCAGAGAGCGAUCCUGCCGCGAGGCUCUCUGCAGAAGAGGUUUGCAAGCGAUUUGAGAAGGAGGCUGGCAAGCAUUCCUUCACUGCUCAGCGGGAUGACACGGGAAAGCGCCGAAAGGGACGGUUGGUUCAGGCUUUUAACUUCCUCCAGGCAAGCGUUGCAGCACCAGACUCACGAAAAGAUACGAAGAGACUGCUCGGUCGUGGCUUGGCUUCGGCGGGAGCUUCACAGAGGCAGCUACAGAGACUCUUCGGAAGCUCAGCCCUGCAAAGAGAGAUGAGGACCUGUGGUGACUUAAAAGAGGAAGACCAUGAUUUGAACGGCUUCACUUUGGAGCACUAUGAGGCGUCAAUACUGCCCACACUGCAUGAUGCCAUCAAAGUGGCAGGGCCCCUCUCUAUUUUGGCGAGUCCAUGGAGCCCACCACCUUGGAUGAAGACAAAGACAGAGUUCAAUGGUGAUGGUCAUCUUCGUCCGGAUUGCUACAAGGUCUGGUCGCAUCACUUUGUUCGAUUUGUGCAGGAGAUGGAAAAGAAGGGUGUCCCAAUCUGGGCCGUCUCUGUUCAAAAUGAGCCAGAGGCAGCACAAAUCUGGGAAUCCUGCAUCUACACAGCAGAGGAGGAGCGAGAUUUUGUACGAGACCAUUUGGGGCCUGCCUUAGAGGCAGCGGAUUUGAGCAAAGUCAAGAUCAUCAUUUGGGAUCACAACCGUGCCUCGGCAGCCUUGGCCAAGUUCCGAAUCGUGAACCAUAGUCAGUAUGGAGACAGCCGCUUCGAAACAUGGCCUGAAAGCUACGAGAUUGAGUUUGAGGACCGCCAGCAUGAAGAGGAAGCCGUUCACGAAUUGCGAGCAAGGCUUGGGUUUGACAACGUGCGCCGCGUCGCGGAGCUUCGACCUGACAAGCACAUUCUCUUCACAGAAGGCUGCCAGGAGCUCUCUGGACGCAGCUUGGAGCAGAUGCUCGGUGUGUGGAAACUGGGCGAAAGGUAUGGCAUGAACAUCAUUUCUGACAUGAACAAUGGUGUUGAAGGAUGGAUUGAUUGGAACCUAUGCCUUGAUGAGAGAGGCGGCCCAAAUCACGUGGGCAAUUUUUGUUCUGCACCGAUCAUUUGCGACACUCGUAGUGAUGAGAUCUUGAGACAGCCGUCUUUCUGGUGCGCCGGGCGUUGCUUCAACUUGCACGGACAGUCUCAUUAUUUCCCAAGGGACAUUUGUUGA